UCUUCUUAAUGAUGUAGUUUAAAUUAUUGAAAAUCCAUUGCUUAUAGGAGAAAAUGAAAUAACCCGAAUGAUAAUUGAUAAUGAGCAGAUCCAAAGCCAAUUUAUAGAACCCUUCAAAACUGAAAGUCUCCUUUCAUCCCUCUAUGGCAGACAAAGAAGAACAAGAGUCUAAUUCUCUACAGCCAUCUCCUCUUCUUCCUCCUCUUUUUCUUCAAAUCACAUGCAAAAGUUUGGAUAAAACUAGCCGCUUUGCAGCUGGUACCAAGGCAGGAUUUGCAGUUUCUUUGAUAAACAGGAAAUUGGGAAUUGAAGACCCUCUUGUUUCUCAUAUUGAAGCUAUUAAAGAUGGGGAGGAACCUAUAAGCUUUGGCCCCGAUGCCAAUCUUGUGGACUAUGGCAAUGGUUGGAAGUUGCAGACUGUUACUGAAUUAGAUUUUGCUGGUGUUAGAAAAGUAGAACGUAUUCGGCUGAUUCCAACACAGGUCCCUAAUGUGAAUUCUGAUGGCUCACAUUCAGCAGCGGCAGUUCCAGAGACAGGAUUUGGUUUUCUGUACAUUGCAAAAAUAUUAGUCGCCUUCAUUUUGAUGUUUGUAAUGGGAGCAAUUUUUACACUGGCUCUUGAUAAUCUUCCCGGAAUGAUACUGCUUAUUAACUCGUAUAUGUAAUAAUAGUAGGUUUUCCUCAAAAUUAUGAACGCAUGAACGCUGGAAUUUAUUUUACAAUAUUCCUGUAAAAGUAAAUGUAGCCAAAUUACCCACAUGGAUUUGUGGCAGUUACACUAAUAUUCCUAAAGAAUACUGAGGCAUGUAAUAAACCCUUUCUUUGGUGGCAA